AGCACAACACGUGUGAUCCGCGUUUUAUAUUUAUUUUAUGUUUUCAUAAAAUUAAACUAUUUCUUUUUAAUUAUUAAUUGAAUUAAGGGACAGCAGCACUUUUAAAGUAAUCUUAUUAAAAUGGGUAAGAAGACUAAAGUUGGAAAAGCCCGUAAGGAUAAGUUUUACCAGCUAGCAAAGGAGACUGGUUUUCGCUCUCGUGCUGCUUUCAAGUUGGUACAACUUAAUCGCAAGUUUGGUUUCCUUCAGCAGUCGCAAGUAUGUAUAGAUCUAUGUGCUGCUCCGGGCGGUUGGAUGCAAGUCGCCAAACAAAACAUGCCUGUAUCAAGUAUAGUUGUCGGCGUGGAUUUAUUUCCCAUUCGUCCAAUAGCUGGUUGUAUAAGUCUGGUCGAAGAUAUUACAACGGAAAAGUGUAAACAAUCUUUGACCAAAGAAUUGCAGUCAUGGAAAGUUGAUGUUGUUCUUCAUGAUGGUGCGCCAAAUGUUGGACGUAAUUGGCUAUUUGAUGCCUAUCAGCAAAUUUGCUUAACGUUGAAUGCUUUAAAACUAAGUACACACUUUUUACGUGGUGGCGGCUGGUUCGUUACAAAAGUAUUUCGUUCUAAAGAUUAUAAUGCCCUCUUGUGGGUACUUAAACAGUUGUUUAAAAAAGUACAUGCUACGAAACCAAGUGCUUCUCGUAAAGAAUCCGCUGAAAUAUUCGUAGUUUGUCAAGGUUAUUUAGCACCAACGCGUAUUGAUCCACGACUGCUAGAUCCCAAGUAUGUGUUUGAGGAGUUGGAUUUGGAAGGAAAGAAGAAAAAUACCCUUUUGCAUCCUGAGAAGCAGAAGCGCGUCAAAGCAGAAGGUUAUACAGAAGAGGAUAUUGCACUACGCAAUGAAUUGUCUGCAACAGAAUUCAUGCAAGCGAGCAGUGGAUUGGGUGCCUUACAAGGCAUAGGUUCAAUAAUCAUAGACGAUGAACGAAUUGAAAAGCAUCCAAAGACAACAGCGGAAAUUCUUGAAUGUUGCAAAGAUAUUAAAGUGCUUGGACGCAAGGAUAUUAAAGGUUUGCUGGCUUGGUGGAAAGCAAUUAAAGAUGAUUUAUUCAAAAAACCCGAAAAUGAAACAAAUGUAAUAGAGGAAGAAACUCCAAAAAAAGUGCUUACUCAAGAAGAGAUUGAGGAUAUGGAAGAGGAAGAAUUGCAGCAACAAAUAGCUGAAUUAGCUGAAGAAGAGCAACGUGAUGUGAAGCGCAAACGAAAAAAGGACCUCAAAUCCAAGCAAAAACUACAUGAAAAAAUGAAUUUGAAUAUGGUAAUUAAAGGUGAUACCGGACCACAAGAGGAGGCCGAGAUGGAGAUAUUCGAUUUAAAGAGCAUAAAAACUCAACAUGAAUUAGAUGAAAUGUUGGACGUGGUGCCAGACUUUGAUGUAGAAGGCGAAACUGUCGAAGCGCCCAAAUUGCCAAAAUACAAAGCUUACGAUAAAGAUGAUAAACGGCUAGAUGAUGAUGCAAACUAUGAAAAUGACGAUGAGCCUGACCUGUCGGCGGAUGAAGAUUCUGAAAGCGACUAUGAAAAAGAUGGUUUGGGUCUGAGUGAAGACGAAGACAACCCACAAGAGCCACAAAAGAACAAGAAGAAGCGUAUUGAGCAUCCACUCAUAAAAUCAGGAGAUUUCAGAGAUAAAGAUACUAAAAGGCAACAGCGUGUUCAACUAUGGUUCGAAAAAGAUAAUCUGCAGCAAAUAGAUACUGAAGACGAUGAGGAUUAUGAUUUGGAUCGCCUGGCAAGCGAAUAUAAAAGCAAAGGUGUAGCGGUGUUAGGUGAAUCCCAGUCAAAUGAUAACUCAGUUAAAUUACCGCUUGGUAAGAAAGCCAAACGCCGCGCUAGACACGAUAAAGAACAAGAAGCAUCCGACAGCGAGUCGAGUGAUGACAGUGAUUCAGAUGAAACUGUUAACGAAGAAGACGAAGAAUAUGCAGAGAAGAAAACUGCUGGCGAUAUGUCCAAAGAACCAAAAGCCAAGAAGAUACGCCUCUCCGAGGAGGAACUUGCGCUUGGCGCAAUGAUGAUUAAAGGCAAGAAAACACGACGUGACCUUAUCGAUAGCGCCUGGAAUCGUUAUGCAUUCAACGAUGACAAUUUGCCGCAUUGGUUCGUGCAAGAUGAAGAUUUGCAUAUGCGGAAACCAGUACCAGUACCGAAUGAGAUCGUUGAGGAAUAUGAACGUAAGGUACAAGAAUUAAAUGCACGUCCAAUUAAAAAGGUUAUGGAAGCGAAGGCGCGCAAGCGUAAGCAUGCGCUAAAGCGCUUGGCCAAAGCAAAGAAACAGGCUGAGAAAAUUAUGGAUGACAAUGACGCGACAGCGCAAGAAAAGGCAAGACAGUUAAGAAAGAUCUAUAAGAAGGCGCAAGAGAAGAAAAAGGAAGUUACAUAUGUCGUAGCGAAAAAGCAUCAAGCAGCCAAACGGGCAAGACGACCAGCUGGCUUAAAGGGGCGCUACCGUGUGGUCGAUCCACGUGAGAAAAAGGAUAAGCGUGCAUUGAGUGCAAAAUCUAAACGUGAAAAAAAGCGUAAAGGAAAAAAGUAAAAAAUUAUAAUGCUACAUGAGCUGUGUACAGAAUUACGUAAUUAUAGUACUAGUUAAUAAUAAAAAUAAAAAUACACA